UGCAGGGCUUCAGUCCGGUCCACGAGAAAAAACCAAUGAUCAGAAACAUUUGUGCUGGAACGACACUAUAAAACUUCAGCUGGAUUUGUGAUACACAAUUGAUCAACAAUGGGUGUUUGGAUUAGGACUGUGUUGAGUUUACAAGUUAUUUUACUGCUUCCUGUCACGGUGAAAACACAAGGAAUCGUUUAUGAUCUCCUGGCGUCACCGGAUUGUCUCCCUGAUCUUCUGGAAGGAGGAAUAAGAGCCAAAAACAUGGACAAUGCUUUCAUCCUUGCAACCCUGCAGCUACAGAGCAGGGCUCCGGCGCACAUCUUCCGCAUCUUCAACGCUGCCGAUAACACGGACUACUUUGACUUCACAGUGCAGGGGAAACUCAACAAAGUCAUUUUGAAAUACAUGAAAAGCAAUGGAAAACAAGGGACAAACACUUUCUCCAAAGUGCAACUGGCGGACGGUCAGAAGCAUCACAUCAUGCUUCACUUCGGUGGUCUGCAGCAGGGCACCCCCACCACGACGCUCUACGUGGACUGCAGUCUGGCUGAGAGAGUGCACGAUGUACCCGUAGCCUUCAAAUCUUUACCGCAGGGGUCCAAGAGAGUGACACUGAAGACCCUGCAAACAUCCUCUCAAGACAAGCUGUUGGACCUGAAACUCGUGCUGGAUGAGUCCAUUGAAAAUGUCGUGGAGCUUCAGGACUGCAGCCCUGAGAGUUCACACAAUGAGGGGAUUGAAUACAAAGAUCACAGUGGACAGCAGAAAGAAACACUACAACUGCUCGGAACAACAUCGAAGAUGGACGCUGGUCCAAUGUUUGAGUUAAUGCGGAUGAUCCAGGAGCUGAAAGAGAAGGUUGACCGGCAGACCAAAGAGACUGCAGACCUGAGGAAGACUAUCCUGGAGUGCGUUCAAUGCAAGGGUCAUUCGGGAACAGGAGAGGAUGAAACAGGAAAACCAAACGAUAGGGAUUCCAAGUGUGGACCGGGGGUCUGUUUCAAACCGGGCAUGUGUACAGAAACAACAGACGGCGUGGAGUGUGCACCCUGUCCUAAAGGCUACACUGGAGAUGGAAUCCAGUGUGAUGAUAUAGACGAGUGCCAGGUCAACCCAUGUUUUACUGGUGUACGAUGCAUUAACACCGUGCCGGGGUUCAGAUGUGAAAAGUGUCAACGAGGCUUCACUGGUCCAGAGAUCCAGGGUGUGGGCAUUUACUAUGCUCAGUCCAACAAACAAAUGUGUAAUGACGUGGAUGAGUGUAAGGUGGAUAAUGGCGGUUGCACACCCAAUUCAAACUGCCAUAACACAUUGGGUGGAUUCCACUGUGGAAACUGCAAGAGCGGAUACAUGGGGGACCAGACCAACGGCUGCCAAAAUAUUGAUCCUGGACUUGGUCCUGCUUCUAUAUCUGAAAGGGUGUGUGGAAACGGGCAGCCGAAUCCUUGUGACAUCAACGCAGAGUGUGUGGUGGAGCGAGACGGCAGCAUUAGUUGUCUGUGCGCCAUUGGUUGGGCAGGAAACGGCUACGCCUGUGGAAAGGACACGGAUAUUGAUGCCUAUCCAGACAGGGAACUACAAUGCAAAGAUUCAUCCUGCAAGAAGGAUAACUGCAUAUUUGUUCCCAACUCGGGCCAAGAAGAUGCAGACAGAGAUGGCAAGGGAGACGCCUGUGAUGAGGACGCAGACAGUGAUGGAAUCCUCAAUGAACCGGACAACUGCUGGUUGAGACCUAACAUAGACCAGAAGAACAGCGACAAAGAUCUGCAUGGCGAUGCCUGUGAUAACUGCAUGCUCGUAGAGAAUCCAGACCAGCGCGACACAGAUAAGGAUGGACUGGGAGACGCCUGCGAUGAUGACAUAGACGGAGAUGGAUUAAAGAACAUUCUGGAUAACUGUCAGGGGGUUCCAAACCCUGACCAGAAGGACGGAGAUAAUGAUGGUGUUGGUGAUGCAUGUGACAGCUGCCCUGAGGUUGCAAACCCCAACCAGUCUGAUGCUGACAAUGAUCUUGUGGGUGACACAUGCGACACAAACAUCGACAGUGAUGGAGAUGGAACUCAGGACAGCAAAGACAACUGCCCCACCAUCAUCAACAGCUCCCAGCUAGACACCGAUAAGGACGGACUCGGAGACGAAUGCGACGAGGACGAUGACAACGACGGCAUCUUGGACGAUCACGAUAACUGCAGACUGGUGGCUAAUGUAGAUCAGAAGGAUGAAAACGAGGAUGGGGUGGGUGAGGCCUGCGCCGGAGACUUUGACAAAGAUCAUGUAAUUGACAUGAUCGACACCUGUCCUGAGAACGCAGAGAUCACACUCACAGACUUUAGAGCUUAUCAGACUGUGGUUCUGGAUCCAGAGGGCGAGGCUCAGAUUGACCCCAACUGGGUUGUUCUGAAUCAGGGUAUGGAGAUUGUCCAGACCAUGAACAGUGACCCUGGACUAGCUGUUGGAUACACAGCUUUCAGCGGUGUUGACUUUGAAGGCACCUUCCACGUGAACACAUUGACCGAUGACGACUACGCGGGCUUCAUCUUCGGUUACCAGGAUUCCUCCAGUUUCUAUGUGGUGAUGUGGAAGCAGACAGAGCAGACGUACUGGCAGGCGGUGCCCUUCAGAGCCGUGGCCGAGCCUGGCAUUCAGCUCAAGGCUGUAAAAUCUAAAACAGGCCCUGGGGAGUUCCUGAGGAAUUCUCUUUGGCACACCGGAGACACAAACGACCAGGUGCGCUUGCUGUGGAAAGACCCUCGUAACGUGGGCUGGAAGGACAAGGUGUCCUACCGCUGGAAUCUGAAGCACAGGCCUCAAGUGGGAUACAUGAGAGUGAAGUUCUAUGAAGGCGCAGAUCUUGUGGCAGACUCUGGAGUCAUUAUAGACACCAGCAUGAGAGGCGGCCGUCUGGGGGUCUUCUGCUUCUCACAGGAGAACAUCAUCUGGUCCAACCUGAGAUAUCGCUGUAACGACACAAUCCCUGAAGACUAUACGGAGUACAGAGCCAAGCAGUUGACCAACUAAAGAAAGAAACAGAAAAGCAUUAAAAGCCUUUCUGUCGAAACAACACAAACAGCAGAUGUUUGUACUCUGAUCGCACAUAAAACCUGGAACAUUUACUGACUCAGGCAUUCUCGACAAUUAUAGUUUAAUGAGUUAUGCUGUAUUAACUAAAGGAGUAGAAAAUAGCUUAAGGUUUUCGCAUUCAUUUACAAUAACAGAAUAAAUAUGUUUUAUUUCAUAAUGUAUAAACGAAAAGAGGGGUUUAGACAGAAAGUUAAUGUGUUGGCACAAGGCAGUUUGCGUAGUCCUGUAUGAUUUCAAUGCACUUUAACAAAGGUUGAGUGUGUCAUUUGCUCAAUCUGAAAGAUAAAUAAAAACUCUUAACCAAUAGCUUGAGUUUGGGGGCGGGACCAUCUGCUUAAUAUAAGAUGGGCAGGGGGCGUUGCGCAGAAGUUCUUGUCACUUCAUUCAAUUGCUAGAAGCUUCACACUUCACCUAUAACUCUGGUGUUCCUGCACAACAACACAGUUUUAUCCAUUUGUCUUUUUAUUGAAAGAACCUGCAAUAUCAAUAAAAACACUAAAAAGAACAUUGAAUCCGUCACCUCAUUCGUAAUGAAUAUAAAAUAAAAUCAACACAAAUGAAGAAAGAACAUUUUGUAAACAUACAUAUUUUUGGAAGAAUGAUUCAUAUGUGAAUAGUGGUAACAAUAUCCGCUCAACUAUCCCUAGCAUGGACUAUACACAAUAAAGCACGUAUUUCAACUCAAUGAAGCAUUUAUGGUCAGAAUAUAUUUGUAAAUAAAAGCAGCAUAAGGAAAAGUUAAAACCGUACACACAUAGAUAAAAACAAGCAUCAAAGUAUUCACAGGUAAAA